AUGUGGCCCCUUCUUUCCACGCUGACCGUCUUAUGUAUCCAGAUGUUGCUGGUGAUGUGCAAUCCAUUACAGCAGGUACUUGGUGUGGAUGGAGUCAACUUCAGCGUGCAUGUGGAGAACCAGACUCAGGUGCGAGACACCAUGAGCCGGCGACACCACCGGGUCUACCAGCUCUACAGCCGCACCAGCGGUAAACACGUCCAGGUGCUGGGGCGCAGAAUCAGCGCCAAGGGAGAAGAUGGAGACAAAUAUGCCCAGCUCGUAGUGGAGGCCGAUACCUUUGGUAGCCAGGUGAGAAUCCGGGGCAAAGAAACCAAUUUCUACCUGUGCAUGAACCGCCGCGGCAAGCUGGUAGGAAAGAAGGCCAGCAAUCGAAGCGAAGACUGCGUCUUUGUGGAAAAGGUUCUGGAAAACCACUACACGGCUCUGAUGUCAGCGCGCUACACGGGCUGGUACGUGGGCUUCACUAAAAGAGGGCGCCCUCGCCGCGGCCCCCACACGCUCCCCAACCAGCAGGACGUGCACUUCAUGAAGCGCUUCCCGCCGGGAGAGCAGCCCGACCUCACCACCCCCUUCCGCUUCACCACCAUCAGCAAGCGGGGCAAGAGGGUGCGUGCUACCGGACCCCGCUAG